UGGUGAAAACUGGCCGUGCGAAAAGGCUGAAAGGCGGCUGGCAGAGAGCGUGAGGGAGAGGAAGAGAGCGGGCCUGUGGUGGGGUGGCAACUUCAACUUCGCCGGCUGCACUUGGCAACAAGUCUGUCUGCAAGCAACUGCGACUCCAAUUGAGGGUCAAGGUCAGCGCUCGCGCAUCAGCUGCUGCGCAUGUGUGACGACUACGACUGCGGCCGCGACGGUGGCUCCGCGAAAGCUGCGCUCCGAGUUUCUGGAGCCGCACGCGGAUGGGCAAGAAGCAGAGAGAGGUUGGCAGGCCGGUUUGGCCACUUUUCGCUGUCCUCCAUACUUAAGUGCGGUGCGAUCGCGGGACGACCAAGUAAACGCCGCAUUUACUUAGGCCUACGAGGGGCGUUAAGAAAGUUCUCAUCUGCAUAUGAUUGGCGCGCAUACGGCAUAAAUUCAAACACUAAAUACAACUUAUUCCGAAAGUGAGCCAAAAUUGCCGUUAAGUACAAUAUAAAAUUCAAAAAAUGCCCAAAAGCAAUGGCAAUGACUGCACAUGCCGUUUGGCCAACGAGGUGGGCCAGCUAAAGGACCGCAUCCCAUAGUCAUUGUGAAUGCCCAGAGCAGGACGCUCGCCAAGCUGGUCCGCCAGAUGAAGGAAGGCUGCAAAAAGGAUGAGGAGGCCAAGGAGUCCACUUUGUGCGGUCUGAAUCCCUGCCUGAAGUGCCUGCAGCCAGACAUAUUGUACCACCUGGGCCUGAGCACGGAUACCACCGACUUUCCCAAGGUUUUUGGGGAUGUGAGGUUCGUUUGCAUGGGAGGCACUCCGGGUCGGAUGGAAAACUUUGCCUACUACGUGAUGCAGGAGAUCGGGCUGAAGAUAAACGCGGCCACCAAGCUACGGAACAUAUCGGAGGCCGGCCAGCGAUUCUCCUUGUUCAAGGUGGGUCCCGUGCUCUGUGCCAGCCACGGAAUGGGAUGCCCCUCGAUCUCCAUCCUGCUGCACGAACUCAUCAAGAUGAUGUACCACGCCAAGUGCAAGGAUCCCGUCUUCAUUCGAAUUGGCACCAGCGGCGGUAUUGGCGUUGAGCCCGGAACCGUGAUCAUCACCUCCGAGGCGAUUGAUGGGCGCUUAAAUCCCGCCCACGAGAUCCUCGUGCACGGCGUCAGUGUCCAGCAUGCCAGCCAGCUGGAUGAGAGUCUAGCCGAUGAAAUCAAGAUGUGCCACGAUCCCUGCAAGGACACUUAUGAGGCCGUCAUUGGCCGAACCCUGUGCGCCCAUGAUUUCUACGAGGGCCAGUCGCGCUUGGAUGGAGCUUUUUGCGAGUACACGCCCGAAAUGAAGAAGACCUACUUGGAGCAGCUGCAGAGCCAGGAGGUGAAGAACAUCGAGAUGGAGAGCUUGGCCUUUGCCGCUCUCACCAGUCGGGCCAACAUCAGGGGCGCAGUCGUCUGUGUGGCCAUCCUGAAUCGCCUGAAUGGGGAUCAAAUCAAAACGCCACAUGAGGUUCUGUCCAAGUGGGAGAAGCGACCCCAGGAGCUUGUGGCCCGCUACAUACGCAAGACUCUGUACUAUAACAAAAAUGACGAUGACUCGGAGCAGCCGGAGGACGAGACCGAAGGAGCAGCAGCUGGGACUGGGGCUGGAGCUGGGGACACCCAAAAGGCGCCUGCAGAGGAAGCCGAGUAAUCUAGUCCUUCGUAUCUAGGUAAACGAAUGUGCCAUAGAAGCUCAAAGUUUCGAUCAUUAAACACACGUCUUGUUGUUCAGUUCAA